AUGGCAUCAAUGAUGGAAUCAUUAGUUCCUGAGCUGUUUCACAAUAUACUUGGGCAACUGAGCUAUGCAGAACUGGCUCGCCUCUUGAGAUGUAGCAAGUAUCUCCAUUACAACAUCGAGCCGUUUCUAUAUAGGUCCGAGGCUGCCCACAGCGAGGCUAUGCGCUGGGCAUGCAAGACCGGUAACCUACAGACUAUCCGCCUGGCUAUUUCAUAUGGCGCCUGUGUCAGCACGAUCAAGCAGCCAGGGCGACCAAACUAUUCCUUGGAUUCUAGUGGCAAUACGAGAAUGGAAGCGACCGACAAUGUCAAAGGAUUGACACUUCAAUUGGCGGCCAGAAAACACCAUGUUGACGCGUUUGCGCUACUCUUAGAGCUUGGUGCAGGAAUCGGAAAUGAGGAAAGCAUGCAACGCAAGCUUAUGCAACUUCUCUGCUCACGCGGACGUGAGACUCUCCUCCGCCAUUUUCUCAACGCGGGAUUCGGGCCCCAGGUCAUAGACCGUCCGGGCAUGUAUCUAUCAGUUGUAUCGAUUAUACGGUCCGGAGGGUCGCUAGACACCGUCCGGAUCCUGCUCGAUGAAGGUGCUCAGCUGGACCGUCUUGAGCCCAUUGGAGAGCACACGCUAGCGUCGCCCCUUUCUGCCGCGAUCAUGGAGAAUUCGACGUCAUUAUUCGAUUUACUUAUCGAGAGGGGCGCCAACAUCCACGGCACAGAGGAGUAUUAUACCUUCAACAAAGGCCUGAGGCACGAGUACCCCUUCAGCAUCCCUCUACACAUCCCGGUGUUUGCGGCAGCGCAGGUAAUGGCAAAGCAAGGCGUCACGAUGAUGCAGAGGUGCCUUGACAGCGGAGCCGAUAUCAACCGCCGCUAUUAUGCCAAGCCGUGGAACGACCGUCUCUACUUACACUAUUACACUACUCCGUUGCUCCAUUACCUUGAUUCAAUCGAUUCCUGGAAAUCUGAUACGGGGCUCCGUCCUGUGGAUGGGCUCGCGUACCUGUUUGAGGAAGAGGCAGAGCUCGAAACCGAAGAGGAUCAUAUAGACGCUCUAAUUCGUCCCGAUGAGCGGCCAUCGUCUGUCGAACGGCUUCUGGACAAGUGGGGACUGGAGCAGUUACCUAACCCCGAGUUCUUUACGGCUGUCAAGUUUCUUGUCAUGACUGGUGCCAUGUAUUCCGCCAAGCGCAUCCUAACUAAAUAUAGAUGCUGGAUAUACCCCGGCAGACUAGACAUCAUAACUGGGUGGCAGCAAUUUGUGGACUUAAUACUCAAGAAUCGGGAUAUCUGCGACGUCAACUCGGAAACGAAUGACGCCCUCUUACGGCAUAUUAUCUUAAAAAAAGCGACUAACCUGGGAGACUUUGGAGACGUGGAACGCUCAACGAUAAACUGCCUCUUGAAAGCGGGGGCAAAUAUCAAUGAUCACUUGGGUUGUCACGGCCGCACGGCACUAUAUGAAUUGUGUUUGUCACACAGCCUGGAGAAGUUCCAGCACCGGUAUGGCUGGUACAUCCAUUCCUGCGAUUAUAUAUGCAAGAGAAUUGAGUUCUUUUCUUUUUUGGUUGAGAAGGGAGCUUACCCUAGCAUUAUUGCGGACGGCCGUUUGACGAUCGAUAUCUUGAUGGGCUAUAUAGAUCCAUUCUGGAACGUGAAAUUAUUUUUGUUGGGUAUAGCAACUAUUCUAUGGGGACAAAAGUUGGCGUCUAGAGAGCAAGGCCCUCGGCCCUAG